GAACGACGAGCGGAGCGGCGGUGGGAGGGGACCGCGGGCCGGGCGGGCCGGGGCGGGGCGCGGGCGCGGCGGAGGCUCCUGCGCUGCUUCCUCCGAGCGCUCGGGACCGCGGAGCCCGGGCGACGGGCGAGGAGGCUGGGCGGGCAAGGACGCGGAGCGGGCCGGGCGCAGCGGGGCGCAGCGGGCUCGCAUCCCGGGCUCCGCGGCUCGGGACCCGGCUGCGGCGGCUCCGGCGAUGUUCCACUGCAUCCCCCUGUGGCGGUGCAACCGUCAUGUGGAGACCAUCGACAAGCGCCACUGCUCCCUGGUUUACGUCCCCGAGGAGAUCUACCGCUAUGCCCGCAGCCUGGAGGAGCUGCUGCUGGACGCCAACCAGCUCCGGGAGCUGCCCGAGCAAUUUUUCCAGCUAGUCAAAUUACGAAAACUUGGACUUAGUGAUAAUGAAAUUCAGCGGCUCCCGCCAGAAAUAGCUAACUUCAUGCAGCUGGUGGAACUUGAUGUGUCUCGAAAUGAUAUUCCUGAAAUUCCAGAAAGCAUCUCCUUCUGUAAAGCACUACAAAUAGCUGACUUCAGUGGAAAUCCACUGACCAGGUUGCCAGAGAGCUUUCCUGAACUACAGAAUUUAACAUGUCUUUCCGUAAAUGACAUCUCACUGCAGUCUCUGCCUGAAAAUAUUGGAAAUCUUUAUAACCUGGCUUCACUGGAACUGAGAGAGAAUCUUCUUACGUAUCUUCCUGACUCUCUUACCCAACUACGGAGACUUGAAGAACUUGAUUUAGGAAACAAUGAAAUAUAUAAUUUGCCAGAAUCAAUUGGCGCGCUCUUACAUCUGAAGGAUCUCUGGUUGGAUGGAAAUCAGCUAUCUGAAUUACCUCAGGAAAUCGGGAAUCUGAAGAGCCUGCUAUGCUUAGAUGUCUCUGAGAACAGGUUGGAAAGACUUCCUGAAGAAAUCAGUGGCCUGACUUCUUUAACAGAUUUAGUCAUUUCCCAGAACUUACUGGAAACAAUUCCAGAUGGCAUCGGAAAACUAAAGAAGCUGUCAAUCUUGAAGGUGGAUCAGAACAGACUCACACACUUGCCUGAAUCCAUUGGGGACUGUGAAAAUCUCACAGAGUUAGUUCUUACUGAAAAUCAUCUUCUGACUUUACCUAAGAGCAUUGGAAAACUUAAGAAGUUGAGCAACUUGAAUGCAGACAGAAAUAAAUUAGUGUCUUUACCGAAAGAGAUUGGCGGGUGCUGCAGCCUCACUGUGUUCUGUGUACGUGACAACAAACUAACUCGAAUUCCUGCAGAGGUGUCACAGGCACUGGAACUUCACGUCCUGGACGUGGCAGGGAACAGGUUGCAGCAUCUGCCUUUGUCCCUGACCACCUUGAAGUUAAAGGCUCUGUGGUUAUCUGACAACCAGUCUCAACCUCUGCUCACAUUCCAGACAGACAUAGACCACAGCACAGGGGAGAAGAUUCUAACUUGUGUCUUACUUCCUCAGCUGCCUUCUGAAGCUACUUGCCAAGAGAAUCUGCCUCGCUGUGGUGCACUGGAGAGCUUGGUCCAUGAUGUCUCGGACGAAGCCUGGAAUGACCGUGCGGUACACAGAGUCAGUGCAAUCCGGUUUGUGGAGGAUGAAAGAGAUGAAGAAGAGAACGAAACGAGAACGCUUCUUCGGAGAGCCACUCCACACCCAGGGGAGUUAAAGACCAUGAGAAAGACAGUGGAGAAUUUGCGGAACGAUCUGAAUGCUGCUAAGGGACUGGAUUCAAACAAAAACCAGGUCAAUCAUACCACUGACCGAGUGACCACCUCCGUGUAGAACCGCACCUCCCACCGAGUGACCACAUCUGUGUAGGAUCUCACCUCCCAGUUUGCCUGCUCCAUCUUCCCUGUUGUGGAGAUGUCCUAUGCUCCUGAGGAGCCUCAAGCAGUCCUUCAACUUCACCAUCCCCGUUCUGGGAUGCUGCUCUCUCCCAGAAAGUGCCUUACUCCUCCCUCAGUCAGUCAUCACUCCUGCAGCCUCCCAUCCUAGUUGUUUCUCAAAUUUCAGUUGUUAAUAAUAAGUAGAAUACACUACUGUCAACAUCUGACCUUCAUUUCUGUCUUAUGUUGGGGUAAGGGAGAGCAGAAAGUGGAAUUAUCCUCUUCCCCUCCAUUAAGUACUGGACAUUUUGAACCUAAGUACUCACGGACCUAAGGAUGGGAGGAGGCUUUAUGUAUGGGGAAAAUUGAUACUUUUUUAACCUUUUUGGCAGCUCAGAUGGUGUAAAUUUAAAACUUUUGUAUAGGUCUUUCAUAACAAAACUUAUGUAUUUCUUUGUUAUUUUAUCUGGAAGACGGUACAUAUUUUCGUAUUUGCGCAGAAAAACAAACGAGGCCUAAAGUAUUUGUUUUCAUUUGUACCGUCCACUGCGUGCCUUACUGUGUCCUGUGUCCUGUCAGGACAGUUGUAGACAGUUGUAACCAGUGUGUCUUUGAGCAGGGAGAUGGGAACAGGAAUGUGGUCAUUUUAAAAGUGUUGCAUUUUAAUCAGUAAUUUACCAGGUAGAUUUGUUUGUUAACCAAAAAGGUGAAUUUAUCAAUGAUUUAUAAGUUAUAUCAGGUAUUUCUUCGAAAAGAUGAACCAAAGGGUUAGACUGCUGAUACUUCACUUUAAAGACUCUCUUUUAGUGACUAAAUCCUAAUGAGUGCAGUGUCAGACUGCCUACUCCAAAGAUCUGUGCCAUUUGUAUAAU